CAGCCGCUGGAGGAGCCGGGCCACGAGACUCUGACAGCAGCGCGGCCAGCGCGGCUCGGGAGCGCAGGGACGGACGGACAGCGGCGGCGAAGAAGGACGCGAGCGCUGCGGCCGGAGCCAAGUGCGGGAGGCGCGCGGGGUCGGCGGCGCGCAGAGAUCGCCCCUGAAGCAUCUGGAGCUCGUCUCCCCAUCCCAGAGGAUUUGGCCAGCCAAAAGAGGACAAGAGAAUGGCACGUGGCUUACCCAGGGCUGAGCAGUGAGCCACAGCCUUUUGAACCUGGAGCUCCAACUAGGAGGCUGUACCGCUGGAGUGACUCAGGAAGAAUUGAUGCUCUGGUCCCCGGCGACAUGUACAUGGUGUAAUGACAGGAAAUGAGCAGGUUUGCAGAAAGACUGGUGGCCUAAAAUCGAAGCCCAAGGAGUCGGUGCUUGGCUCUGGCUGAGAACAUGGCCAAUGACAUCGAUGAGCUCAUCGGCAUCCCUUUCCCUAACCACAGCAGUGAGGUGCUAUGCAGCCUCAAUGAGCAGCGGCAUGCGGGGCUGCUGUGCGACGUUCUGCUGGUGGUCCAGGAGCAAGAGUACCGGACACACCGCUCGGUGCUGGCGGCCUGCAGCAAAUACUUCAAGAAGCUCUUCACGGCCGGUAACCUGGCCAGCCAGCCCUACGUCUAUGAGAUUGACUUUGUCCAGCCCGAAGCUCUGGCCGCCAUCCUGGAGUUUGCCUACACCUCCACACUCACCAUCACCGCCUCCAACGUCAAGCACAUCCUCAACGCUGCCAGGAUGCUGGAGAUCCCGUGCAUUGUGAAUGUGUGCCUGGAGAUCAUGGAGCCUGGCGGCAACGUCGGUGAGGAGGAUGACAAGGAGGAGGAGGACGAUGAUGAAGACGACGACGAUGAAGAUGAGGAGGAGGAGGAGGAAGAGGAAGAGGAGGAGGAGGAGGAUGACACAGAGGACUUUGCUGACCAGGAAAACUUGCCUGACCCCCAGGACAUCAACUGCCCCCAGAGCCCCUCCAAGACGGACUGUCUCACAGAGAAGGACUAUUCUGACACACCCAGGGACUUCCCCGACUCCUUCCAGCCCGAAAGCCCUGGCCACCUGGGAGUGAUCCGGGACUUCUCCAUUGAAUCUCUGCUGAGGGAGAACUUGUACCCCAAGGCCAGCAUCCCUGACAGGAGACCCUCCUUAUCUCCAUUUGCCCCAGAAUUCUUCCCGCACCUCUGGCCAGGUGACUUUGGUGCCUUUGCCCAGCUGCCUGAGCAGCCCAUGGACAGUGGGCCACUGGAUCUAGUCAUCAAGGACCGAAAGAUCAAGGAGGAGGAGAAAGAGGAGCUGGCCCCACCCCCACCCCCUCCCUUCUCUAGCGACUUCUUCAAGGACAUGUUUCCUGACCUGCCUGGUGGGCCGCUGGGCCCCAUCAAGGCAGAGAAUGACUAUGGUGCCUAUCUCAACUUCCUGAGUGCCACCCACCUGGGGAGCCUCUUCCCACCCUGGCCGCUGGUGGAGGAGCGCAAGCUGAAGCCCAAGGCCUCUCAGCAGUGCCCCAUCUGCCACAAGGUCAUCAUGGGGGCUGGGAAGCUGCCCCGGCACAUGAGGACCCACACCGGAGAGAAGCCGUACAUGUGCAGCAUCUGCGAGGUCCGCUUCACCAGGCAGGACAAACUGAAGAUCCACAUGCGGAAGCACACGGGGGAGCGGCCCUACUUGUGCAUUCACUGCAACGCCAAGUUUGUGCACAACUACGACCUCAAGAACCACAUGCGCAUCCACACGGGCGUACGGCCCUACCAGUGUGAGUUCUGCUACAAGAGCUUCACGCGCUCCGACCACCUGCACCGCCACAUCAAGAGGCAGAGCUGCCGCAUGGCGCGACCCCGGCGUGGUCGCAAGCCUGCUGCCUGGAGGGCGGCCAGCCUGCUCUUUGGGCCGGGUGGCCCCUCAGCCGACAAAGCGGCCUUCGUGAUGCCACCCGCGCUGGGCGACAUGGGUGGCCACCUGGGCGGCACAGCCGUGUGCCUCCCGGGCCCCAGCCCUGCUAAGCACUUCCUGGCAUCACCCAAGGGCACCCUGAGCCUGCAGGAGCUGGAACGUCAGUUCGAGGAGACGCAGAUGAAGCUAUUCGGACGCGCGCAGCUCGAGGCCGAGAGGAACGCGGGUGGUCUCCUGGCCCUGGCGCUGGCUGAGAACGUAGCCGCCACUCGGCCCUACUUCCCACUGCCUGACCCCUGGGCCGCAGGCCUGGCUGGCCUCCCUGGUCUCACCGGCCUCAACCAUGUGGCCUCCAUGUCUGAAGCCAACAACUAGGCUGGCCCUGGUCCACUCUAGUCCCAAACCCUGUCUUAAGUCCCUCUAAGGCCCGCCCUGCCCCACCCAGUGGACCUGAACUUUCUAGUUUGCAAACACAAAGGGAUAAUGGAGGAAAAAAAAUUACAUUUUAGCUGAGAUGCAAUUUUCCUGGCCUUCGAGGGCAGCGUCUCCCUUUUGCUGGUGUCUGAGCUGGACACCUCUUCCCUGAGGGAUUGGAAACCCCCCACCUGGCUGCCUCAAGCUCACAUAGAAAUAUGCAGGGUGCCAAGUCUCAGAAGGCUCUGCGCUGGUGCCAGGAGCACGUUGCUGCGGUAUGGGGGUGUGAGGAGGGAGCCCUCUGCCAGGAGGCUGGCUGGGAGGAGCUAGCCUGAGGACUGCGUCCUGGCCAGGCACCUUGCUUCAGCCAUACUACCCUAUGGGGGAAAUCACUCCCACCUCGGCUUUCAGAGUCAGGUUCCAGCUCAGAGGUCCGGGAUCCAAUUGAGCAAUGCUUUUGGGCCAUGGGGGAAAAACCAUCCCUACUGAGCAGAAAGGCUUCCAGCAUAGAGUGAACCCAUUUUAUAUUGGCUUGACCUGUGACCUUAGGUGGGUCAACUUUCUGUGCCUCAGAGUCACCCUGCUGUGAAAGGGGGUGGUAACUUACAUUCCCCUCCCCCCCGUUUCCAUACAUAUUCACACCUGUUCCACUCUGAGCUGACAAGAGUUCCUUGGAAGGUAGAAGUUUAGCAUCCCCAGAGUUACUGGGGAGACUAUCUUACUGGAGUAAGGCACGCGGCAGGACAAGACAGGGAACGAGGAAUGAGAGAGAGGGCUGGGCAGGGCUUCGUGGCUUUCAAUACCCAUAGGUAGCUCCAGGAACCCCAAAUUCUGCCUCACUUCUGGCAGGCCACUGCCAUAUCUAGACACCCCGUAGAAACGCAAGAGCAUUGGUUCACCCCACAUGCCCUCAGUGUUCAGGCUCCUUUAGCUAACACUGAGGGAUGGGGCCAGCUUCUAACAGCCACUGCCUGCCUGCCUCCUCCCAACCCUGCAAAUGUCACAGAACCUAGUCAUCCAGGGCUUAGCUAUUUGCUCCUUGAGUUCAGGGUUCUCCAGACCUGGGCUUUGCUGGCGACACCCUUCUACUGUGUUUGAGCCCGUGAACUCCCUUUCCACAUUUGACCAAAAGGUUCCCGUGCAAAGAGGUGGAGUCCCUUGGGUUGUGAUGGGCUGUGUAGCAAGCCACACUCAAAACAACUUUGCUGGCCCAUGGGUUCUUGAGUUUGCAUUGGUUUCUUGAGAUCCCAGGAAGGAGAAUCCACCUGCUCCGAAGGCCUAGGCCUGGAGUCCCAGACCCCCCAAGCAGUGGGUACAAGAGACUCACCUCUUCCUAUAUCUGUUGUCUUGGCUUCUUCCUGUACAAACACAAACACAAAAAGGUCAGAGAAGGCAGCAGAUUCUAUCCCUCCUGAAGCUCCCAAGAGAAUCCCUGCCUGCCAGUGCCAGUCCAUCAGGGAGGAUUUUCCUCAGAUGCCCGGUCCUCAUCAGUCACCUGCUGGGCAGCUGCCUCUUAAAUCCCUGUCUGCAGUUCAGACAGUUGCCAAUAUGCACACUUUGCCCCAGCAGCCAAGUGGCCGUAGCUGAACCAGACUCAGAACCAACAGAGGGACCCAGGGGAGGGCAGUGGUGUCAGGUUUCUGUUUUUAUUUUGUAAAGGUAAUGACUUCUUAUAAACUCACUUUUUCAGAUGAC